AUGCUCCGUCUCGCGUCCCAGCAACUCUUCCGUAGUACCUCCACGGUGGUACUGCGGCCGCACUACGCGAACGCGAAUGUUAACGCGGCUUUGACGACUCAGAAACAAUUCUUUUCCGCCACUGCCCAGGCGGCUGCGGCGACCUCUCAGAAACUCUCUGAAGGGGCCAGGUAUCCGAUGCACAUAAAUAGCGAGGAUGAAGAAGAUCUGCGGUGCUGAUAAGUAUACUUUCUUGUCAAGAAACACACAAGAGCGACCUCUUGUUGUGUAAGUUGUUGCGUACUACAGACGACCGUGCAGACAUUUACUUCCAUUUAAGUCUUGUCAUUGGCUGCAUGAUUAUUCUGCAGUUACCACUUCUCAUCUGCUCUUGUCAUUUACACAUUUUAGCAUGACAACCUGGUUCGUCGUGUUGCACUUGUAUGCAAACCAAGCUCGUCCUCGAUGUUCUUUGCGAAGGUGCAUACUUCGUCGGGAUUCGAAACCACGAUGGGUAUGACACACGCGCCCUUUCUGCCCAAGUCGGCCCCUUGCCCCUACUUGGCGGGGAAGCAGCUUCUCGGCGGCUUCGCGCACAUUGCGCUUUCCGUGGCACCGAUUAUCGAGGCGCCGAUCAAGCUAUCCACCGCAAUAAAAGUAUCUUCGUACUCGUAUUAAAAGUUGCAAUUUUUUUACGCAUGACAAAUCUUGUCAUUUAGGCAAAGCAGCACUAGAAGUUCAAUGUCGCCUGUUGAGAAGAUUUGUAAUGCAAUGUGCUUAUACUAGUGAGUGUGAGUACGAUCACGAUGCUUUUGCACUUCAUAUAAGCUCGUGCACGCCCCGUUAUCCAUGGUCGGGCCGUCGUUCUUGUGUCCCCAUCUGUUUAUGCAUUGCAAACAUGCCUGGGUCUGGAAGGUUGCAACUCGUGAUGCUGUCUUUAGAUUCUGAAAAAAAUUGCAUUGCAUGAACAGCAAGAGGAGUCCAGUUUGUGCUCCUACGCGGGAGAGCAUUUCUCAUGCAGAAUACGCAUCAGAAAGCCUCUGAGCGACUGUGAUGCUAGGUCAUGCAUUUUUACAGGCAUCGUGGGUUCUACAAAAUAUGCAUGACAGGCUUGGCAAUCAUCCAGAUCCAGACAUAUUUGCAUUUGAUACUGUUGGUGAAGUCGCAACUCCAGAACUUGGCGGGAGCGACCGCGGACGCGAAUAUUAUGGAAAAGAAGUAAAAAUCUAGUAAAAUGACUGUGGUAAACUGCGAAAGCGACGAGUAUCAAAAGUGUAUAAGUUUGGUACCGAUCAGGAGGCGCUUGCCGCAAACGCAAAGGACAGGGAGGUACUUAGUAUCAUGGGAGUUCGUCUUCGCCACGGACUUCGUUUUCUCUUGGCGCGACGCACCAGCAGGAACACUUGCGUGUUCAUCGCUUUGUGGUGAAUGAUUGCUUAUGCUUUAAGGUUGUUGUACUGACCAUCGUGCCCGGUCACAGUCACGAAUCGACGCCUGUUCUUUUUCGCAGACAGGAAAUAAUCAGAGGCAAGGAAAUAACGCACCCUCCUCCACGCAGGCCCGAGCGCGACGCUAGAAAAUGAAAAUAUCUCUGUUGUUCUUGUUUCAUAAAAAACCGCAGUCUUUAUUGUUGUUUUAAGUACUAUAAUACUUUUCAUGUGUUUUUAAACAUUUUUGGUCGAAGAUGAAGCAACGGUUUUCAUACGUAUCGACAAAUGAACUCUAAUAAGGAGACAAUCCCUCGCCGGCCAAGAAAAUGCCGAAAGUGUGUAGUUUACUACAGGAAUUUCGAGAGCAAUUGUGUUUAAUUUUCGAGAGCAAGAAUAUUUGCGACAGUGACCUCCACAGUGUGCAGCGUAUUCAAGAGUACUAGCUCGUCGCAUCAAGUAGAAGACAUAGUCAUAUUUUUUGCCUGUACGCACCAACGCCAGCCAUUGCAGCAAGAUUGAUAGAUAAGAACUACAAGCAACACAGAGAAAGAACACUCCUUCGGCUUCUACAUGAUGGCAAACGAAUUCGACUGGUGUUCAACACGACACUUGAAGUAGCUGUAAGUGUAAGGUUGCCUCUUUGAUGAAUCCAGCAGAAAAGUAGAAACAACAUCACGAGGCAGCCAGGAGUCAACAUUUGAUACUACUUGUUGAGGCUGAAUGAUUGACCACAGUAGCAAGCCGCAGUGGUACAAUAACCGGUUGCGCCAGUGCGCAAAAAGGCCGAU